AUGCAAAAUAUCAAAGUGCUGAAAAACUCCAACGUUACCACUGUUUUAUUACCGCUAAGGAGAAUGACUACAUCAGGGAAACCCCCCCUCAAGUUGGACUCGCUCAACAAUGAAAUGUUUAAAGCGCUCAGAGAAAAAACGCUAAAUCUGAGGAAGGAGAAACUGUACGUCCACCUAUCCGCAAACAAUUUAAAGGUAACUCCAAUUGAGAAGUCAUGUCCCCUCACCUUUUUUAUGCUGAAGCAUAAGUACAAGAUAGACACGCAGAAUAUCCAAAUUAAGGUGGCAAGUAGUGACUCUGUUGGACAGGGAAAUAUCCUAAGUGGAGGGGAUGCCUCCCUUACGGGGAGCGAACCCUCUCCUAGUGACAAUAACCAUGGAGGGGGCGCCACCCAGAAGGUGAGGGAGAAAAGCUCAUCAAACGCAGAAACGAACGCGGACGUUAGAGGCGGCGUUAGAAGCGGUGUUAGUGCAACUGGAGGGGCAGACUUCUUGAACUCAUUCAUCCAAUUCAACGUCCCCGUUCUGAACGAAUUCGACCGAGCCUACUUCUACAAACACAUCAUUGAGAUAAUCGACACGCUCGCUGCAGACGUUGUGUACAGACACAGCAUAGGAGGAUACAAAAAAAACGACAAGUACAAUUUUGUUACCGUCCUCUUUAACAACCUGAAGGUGUACCAGAAGAGCCAACUCCACCACGAGUUUUGUUUCUCACUGUACGACCAGAAGCCCCUGAUCAUCAACUGUUACCCGAUCCACUCGGGGAACACCUCGUACAUAUUGAAGCUGGACUUCUUCCAGGAGAAUAAUCUCAUUUUCGACAUAUACACAACGUUUGUAAAUAUAAACAGCUUAACAUUCAAACCGCAGGAAGUUGUGCCUGUGAUCAAUUCACACCAGAAUGAGAAGUACGAGCAGGUGAGUCUCUUUGCGGGCCACCUCAAGGAUGUGCAAAAUUUGUUUAACCACAAGGAUGUGAAAAAUAAGUUUCUGCGACAGGAAGAUAUAAACUUCAUGCUGGAUUAUUUUAAAAACACUCCAGUGGAGAAGAAAAAGACCUAUGAGAAAACUGAGUACCAAACUACGGACAUUUUUGAAUAUGACCAUGUUCAGGCAAAAGCGGCCAACGGGGGGGGAGCGUUGGGAGUAGCAUCAGCUGAGGCUUCAACCGACGCACAGAGGAAAAACGCCCUGCCGAUCAUCGGACACAUUUUGGACACAAACGAUAUAGCCUUUUACACGGGAAAGAAUAACUUCUACUGCAAAGAUUCUUACAUCGAGUCGAAAAACUUCAUAUCGUCGGAAUUUAAAAACAUCCACAACGUCACCUUUGGAGGAUACCUCGCUUACCUCUCCUUCUGUCACGCCAUGACCAUAAUCAAGCACUACGUUCCUCGCCCAGUCCUUAUCGAGUUAAACGAAAUUCAAUACAUUCUGCCCGUUCCCUGCAACUCUAUCGUAUCGUUUAGGGGAAAAGUGAUUUACUGUGAUGCUGACAAAAUUCAGAUAAAAAUUGCCGCUUACUGUUUUGACUUGAAAAAAAAUGCUUACUACUUAACCACCAUUUUUGACAUGUCCUUUGAAAAUAAUUCAGCCAUCUCGUUCAUUCCCCAGUCGGAGGAGGAGGUUAAACUUUAUUUGUUGAGUUACAUCCGUUCGCAGCUACUCCCCUAG